GGAUGGCAUAGAUAAAUGACAUACAUUAUGAUCGGCCACACGUAGCCCCUAACAGCACCGUUCGUCUCAAGUGGACGUCCGCGCCCAUAAGAAAAACAUCCCAAAUGUUUCAUUCUCGCGCCCACAGCCCCUUGUCGCUCCUUUCUCUCUAUCUUCUCCCCACUUCUCUUUCUCUUUCCCUGCCCAUCCUCGACUCCCCAUCUCUCUCCCUGCCCAUCCUCGUUUGGCCGAGUGGUGGUCCAAGGCCCUCCCUACCCACGCACCACCUUCAUUCCUCUCUCAAUCACAACCUCCCUUUCUCGCUCUCUCUGAAGCUCGAUUGAAUUAGAUUCAUGAACGCGAGGGGCAUUGGAGCUGUUGUGUAUAUAGUUCCUGAACUUGAAAACAAUCAGUUGCUGAAAAUAAGCCUCCGGAGUGUGGGAAAUGAAGACACGACACCCAUAUCACAGGUUACAUGCUCUUUUUUCUUUCUGGGCUUUCCUUGCACUAACAAGGGAUGAUCUAUUAAUUGGACAAUGAAAUUUAUAGCCCUCUUCCCAACAACUCAUCUAACAUGUGGUGCAAAAAUACGGAGUAGUAGUACGUGAUGGGCGUGGUCCUGAUUGUAACGUUUGGAGAAAUUUUAAGCAGACUCUCCACACCUCCAUCCAAUGGGAUCAAAACUUAAGUCUGUUGUUUACAAUCAAAAUCUGAAGAUAACCCAAUUCGCUAAAUCUGGCAGAAUCGAAGAAUCCAUUAGAAUUUUUGAAAACAUGAAGAGUCGGAACACAGUCACUUACAAUUCGAUGAUCUCCGCCUACUCAAAGAAUGGCAGAGUCAGUGAUGCGAGGCGCCUAUUCGAUCAAAUGCCGUUCAAGAACUUGGUUUCUUGGAAUUCUAUGAUUGCUGGGUACUCUCACAACGACCAUGUUCGUGAAGCUGCUCAGUUGUUUGAAGAAAUGCCUAAUAGAGACAUCUUUUCGUGGACUCUAAUGAUAACUUGCUACACCCGCAAUGAGGAGCUUGAGAAGGCAAGGCAUCUCUUCGAUCGGAUGCUAGAUAAGAAAGACCCAGCUUGCUGGAAUGCAAUGAUCGCGGGGUAUGCGAAAAACGGGCAGUUCAAUGCGGCACGUAGACUAUUGGAUGAGAUGCCGGCCAAGGACUUGGUUUCGUGGAAUUCAAUGCUAGCAGGGUACACCCAGAAUGAAGAGAUGAAUUUGGGUUCUAAAUUUUUUGAUGAGAUGCCGGUCAAAGAUGUGGUUUCUUGGAAUUUGAUGAUUGAUGGGUUUGUGCAGAUUGGCGAUUUAGAUUCAGCUUUCCAGUAUUUUCAGAGAAUUCCUUGCGCUAAUGUUGUUUCAUGGGUGACAUUGUUGAGUGCAUACACAAGGAAUAGUCGGAUUACCGAAGCAAGAGGACUCUUCGAUCAGAUGCCGGAGAGAAAUGUGGUCGCAUGGAAUGCCAUGAUAACAGGUUAUGUGCAGAAUGGAAAAGUCGAAGAGGGUUAUCAGCUUUUCGUCGAAAUGCCAGAACAGAAUUCUGUCUCAUGGACGACAAUGAUUAGUGGGUAUGUUCGUGUUGGGAAGCUUGAUGAGGCAAGAGAAUUGCUUGAGAGGAUGCCUUACAAAAACGUGGCAGCCCAAACUGCCAUGAUUUCAGGGUAUGUUCAAAGCAUGAGGAUGGACGAUGCUCGACAUAUUUUCGAGAAAAUCGGGUGCCGAGACUCUGUGUCUUGGAAUACUAUGAUUGCAGGUUAUGCCCAAUGUGGAAGAAUGGAUGAGGCAAUGAGAUUAUUUGAGCGGAUGCCAAAGAAAGACAUUAUUUCAUGGAACACUUUGAUUGCCGGUUUUGCACAAGAAGGAAACAUGGAUAGAGCACUUAGAAUUUUCGAGGAGAUGGGUGCACGGAACACAAUUUCUUGGAAUUCUCUUGUUUCAGGUUACACCCAAAAUGGGGUUUAUGCCGAUGCGCUUAGGUACUUUCUAUUGAUGAGAAGAGAAGGUCUGAAACCAGAUUGGUCGACAUAUGCAUGUGGUGUCAGUGCUUGUGCCAACCUUGCUGCUCUACAGAUUGGGAAGCAGCUGCACAAUCUCAUUUUAAAAAGCGGCUACACAAAUGAUUUAUUCGUUGGGAAUGCAUUGAUCACCAUGUAUGCAAAAUGCGGAAGGAUCUUGUUAUCAAAGCAAACGUUCGAUGAAAUGGAUAGUAUUGAUCUUGUUUCUUGGAAUUCAUUGAUUGCAGGGUAUGCAUUGAAUGGUUAUGGAAGUGAGGCCAUUGGGCUCUUUCGAGAGAUGGAGAGUGCUAGAGUGGGCGUAGAUGAGAUCACCUUCAUUGGUGUUUUAGCUGCCUGCAGUCAUGCUGGAAUGAUCGACGAUGGGUUGAAAUUAUUUGAUUCCAUGAUGAAGGAUUACUCCAUUGAACCAAAUGCAGAACACUAUGCUUGUAUGGUCGAUUUGCUAGGCCGAGCGGGGAGACUGGGAGGAGCCUAUAAGCUAGUGAUAGGAAUGCCGAUCGAAGCAAAUGCUGGCAUAUGGGGCGCACUUCUCGGAGCAUGCCGCAUACACCAGAACCUAGAGCUUGCGAAGUUUGCCGCCGAGAAGCUUUUUGAAUUUGAACCGCAUAAGACUUCAAAUUACGUGCUGUUGUCAAACAUGCUUGCGGAAGCCGGUCGAUGGGAUGAGGUAGAGAGAGUGAGGAUGUUGAUGAAAGGCAGAGGAGUGCAGAAGCAACCUGGGUGCAGCUGGAUUGAGGUUAAGAGCCAGCUGCACGCAUUCUUUGCCGAUGAUUGGACACAGCCACGGACAGCUGAGAUCUGCGAAACAUUGAAGGCAUUGACUGCACAGAUGAGAAAUAUGGGGUGCAUGCCGGAUGUUGAUAUGUCUCUGUUCGACUGUGGGUGAUUAGAGAUGAAUCUCUAACCAUGCAGGAGAGGAAUCGCUUCAGUUUGCAAUAGCGGAAUGACACCAUGAAGCAGCUGCUCGAUGGUGAUCAGGACUGUUGAUUCCGUUGGGCGAUCAUGUGGAUAGACCAUAUCACAGUAAGCAACAUGAUCAGACUGGGUAUCUCUCUAUUCGACUGUGGAUGAUUAGUGACGAAUCUGUGACUAGUCUGUGUUGAAACGAAGAAAGGGAAACUCAACCCACACCGGCAUCAUCCGAGGAACAGAACAAAAAUUAUUUCGUUCCAUUUUUAGUCAAAUUGUGAAGGAUAUUAAAUUAGUAAUGCCAAAUCAAAAGGGGUGGAGGGGAUCCGGAUUUGUGUCUCGUUUUUCAGCUGCCUCGAAUCCCUCUCUGUACAGUGCCAGUGCCGACUACUUCUCGAUGCAACUUUUGACUGCCCUUCAUUCAAACCAGUGGUAUUUCCUUCGUCAGCUACUUUUGCAAGCUCUAUUUGUUCAUCAAUCAGGUAAUCAACCAAUAUAUCAUGGUCAAGGCAAAAGGCCAGGUAGAAUUAUCUCUAGAUAGAGAUGGAUUCCACCUUUUGAAAAGUGGAAUACCCUAUAUGUAAAAACGAACCAUAGAAACCAGUGGCUCUAUAGACGGUUUGAUCUGUUGGGACAGUAGAAGCAGCUGCAAGAGGGGACCCCAAUUGAUCCUCUCGGGCCUUAACCUUCUGCCUUUUCGGAACCAUUUGAUGCACUGAGAAGAUUCAGAGCCCCUCUCCUGAACUCAUGAGAACUCCCUAGAAAGAUGUCAGCGAACAUUUCAUUCCAUAUUGGAGACGUUGCAUCCAACACAAUUCUUUCUUGGCAGGCAUUGGUUUUAAUGGUUUUCCUUGAAGCGCUGAUAGGUUUGUUCAAGAUCAUGUCCGAUCAUUACUCCAACACAAUUCUUUCUUGGUGGGCGUUGGUUUUUAUUGAUGGUUUUCCUUAAAGCACUGAUAGGCUUGUUCAAGGUCCCGUUCGAUAAUUACUGGGCCCCAUAGUGAUCAUGGCCUCACCCAAAAACCUGACUGGUUGCUCAUUGAGUUUCAGAGAAAGAAUUCUCCAAUAUCUCAAGGUACCAUUCUCUAUGAUAUUGAGUUUCAUCCGGGCUACACCACCCUUACUGCCUAUUGUGAUGCUGAUUGGGUGGGAAGCCCUGAUGAUCAUUGAUCCACCAGUGGAUACUGUGUAUUUUUGGGCUCUAAUCUCAUCUCGUUGAGUGCUAGAAAGUAGGCCAUAUGUCUCACUCAAGUACUGAAUCGGAAUAAUGCUUCUUCGUGAUCUCUUGGUGUUCCUUAAAUCUCCACCAGUCUUUGUUGUGAUAAUUCAAGUGCUAUUUCCUUAGCCUCUAGCCCAGUUCAUCAUGCUUGUACUAAACAUGUGGAAGUUGAUUAUCACUUUGUUUGUGAACGACCUAUUCAUCGAGAUUUUGAUGUUCGAUGUCUUGCCUUGGUCGAUCAGAUUGCUGAUAUUUUCAUUAAAGCGUUCACAUCGGCACAAUUCAUUCUUAAGUCCAAGCUUCACGUCAGGCAAGCUGUGUCAAGUUUGCAAGGGAGUAUAAGCCAACACACGAUCCACUAGGUUGAGAUCUCUCAAGACCCCUCUAAGAUGGGAAGAUCAGCUCAAGAUCUAUCCAAAAGAGAGAUUUAUCUCCCUUAGAUGGUUCUCUUCUUAUCACAAAGAGAGAAUAUCAGUGGAAGAUAUCCACGCUAAUAUGUACAUUAAUUGUAACUGACUGUGCUAUAAAUAUAGAUUAUUCGUUCUCCUC